GAUCAGCUGCCUUAUCAACAACCUUACUCAAUUUUGUUUUCACUUUUCAGCAUAUUCUAUAAUUCUUAAAAUGUGAACUGAAUUUUAAUUCAAUUCAGUAAAUUAUCUAGAAAUUACUUAUUAUCAAAUAUUCUGAUUUUUAGAAAGAUAUAAUAUAGCACUGAUUUUCAUGCUGUUUCAAUCUUCGUAGAAUGGUUAGUUUGUCAAACCAGAAUACAGGGAGCUACUUUGGGUUUUCUGACAAUCGGUCAGCCAUGUACUCGACCAACAGUUCUGAUGAUGAUCUAAUUGUUGACCACAUAGAGCUGAUAUCAGGUCCAGAGAUUAACCAUCGAUCAAUAAAGACAACAUGGGCUAUAGUUUUAGCCAAGAUAUUAUAUAUUGCACUAACUGUGUCAGCUUAUCUGGUACCAUUCUUCUGUGGUGAAGCCAACCUCAAAUGCGGGGAGGAUUCUAUUUCUUUGACACUAUAUAUUCAUGGAGGGAUGUGGUUUAUCCUGUUUGGGCUUGAUAAAUAUUUUCUAAUGAAACAUAAUGAAAGCAGGCUAAAUGGAUAUUUGGAUUUUUACAGGACAACUCAAAACCUUCGACGGAUGCCUUUCAUGAUCAACUCUUGUGCCAAUGCAGUUAUUGUUGUAGUGAUGAAAAUUCUUGAUAAUCAUUGUGGACAAGAUGGAAAAUGUACAUUCCUAAAUAAAAUUAUAUAUAUUCAAAUUGUGGUCAGUGUUGAGUGUGCAAUGGCACUCAUUUUUUUGGUCAUCUACUUAGUUCACACCGUGAAGUUUAAUAAUAAAAAAGCAUUGCCAGAUGUAACACAGGAAGAGUUGAUGACAAGUUUUGUCAAUUCCCAUUCUUCUGCAGAUUUAGGCUUUAGGAAUGAAAAUUAUAAAGAUCAAGUGAUGGAGAAACAAGCUGACAUGAUAAGGUAUCUGAGGCAACAUACUGAAACAUUGGCCAAGAAGAAUUUAACUCUUCAGGGAGAGAUAAAUAAGCUGAAAGGAGUGCGAAGAGAAGGAAGCGUACAUGGUGCAUUUUAGUUUUUCUCAAUUUAUUGUAUAAAUAUUACCAGUUUAUUGUGUCUUAAAAUAAUAUACAUACCAUUUUUAUUAUUGGGAACUUUUACAAGAAUUCAUAUGGGUAAAAUGACUGUCAUUACAACCUAACUAAAGAUCAAUCUGCAUUUAUUCUCAUACAUUUCAUUGUCUUCUGUUUAUUUCACUACUUCCAUUACACAGAAUCUAAUACAUUGUUGGAUAUAAUGGUAUUUUUUAUGUGCUCACACAUUGAUUGCAUGCAUGACUUUUGCUCUGUUUAUUCAGGUGAUUAUGUCUAUGAAUUAGCCUCUGUUACUUCUUAAUUCUAUUUGGCAUCUUAAUAAAUAAUCAAUUAUGGUAACUGUGUUUAAGAUAUGAGUAAACAAAAGUCAGAUGAUGCUUUGGUUAAUAAAAUGAUAUUUAUAUUGAUGACAAUUUAUUAAAUGAGACACAUUUAAUUUUUCUGUAAACUAUUUUGAAUAAGGAAUGUGAUACGUAUUAUGUUUAAUAAAAUCUGUUAGUGUGUUUAAAAUUAAAAGGGCAUUGUGUUGCUCUACUAAUACAGCAAGAUAUAGUACAACUGUGUUGUAAAGGAGGAAUUUCAUGUGCUAUAAACAAUAAAUAUCUCUAAAAUGUCAUUGUUAAACAUAAGAUUUUACUUUUUGUUUUUUUUUUACUUUUGUGUAUUGUUAUUUUUAAACACCAUGACAACUCCUAUUUAAGCAAAAAAUGAAAUAUAGCUUUUAAACAGUAAUUGUCUUGUUUUUUUUUUUUUAUCAUUUGAAAGCUGAAGCUUCAUGUUGAGGCAGUGCAGUGAAAUAAAAUGAUAUUGUGUGCAAAGAUUUUCCGCCCUGUAAAGUGUGAUGCUUAAUAUCACAUCUUAUAAAAAUAGUUUAGUUCCAUUUGUUUCUUCUUGCAUAAAUUAUUCCAUGCUAUUGCAUUUUUUUUAGUUGAAUACUAAAGCGUGUGAAGGAUACAAACUAAGAGCGUGAUCACUUAAAGUUUAAAUUAUUGAAAUAAAAUACCUUUUCAUUAAUUCAAUUAUGCUGCAAGCAUUUUUAAAAUAAAAGCCUAAAGCUACUCUUCUGAAUGUUUUAUAUAAGAGAACACAUCACAUGAAUUCUAAUUUCAUAUUUUCACAAAUAAAAAAUUAGAGGUACUGUACAAUGUUUGAAAUUAAUGUUUUUAAUUUAGUAGUUCAUCCAAUGAAUGUAUUGAGUCCUUAAGUGUUUAGUUACAACAAAGAUUUCUUAUUAAGCCUACAAUUCGAUAAGCUCUAAUUUAUUUAGUUUACGUCCAUAGUUU